AUGGCGGGCAACAGGCUAGCAGAACAGAAGUUUCUUGCUCCAGCUUAUUUUCAGGUCUUGCGUCCUAAAAUCUCUCCAAAGAAAGAUGAAUUAGCUUCUAAAAAGCUUCUUCCCCCGACUGAAUAUAACUUGGUUAAAGAAAAAGAUGGAUUGAGUGCGGAAACUGUAGCUGAAAUCAACAAAUUACGGAAUGAAAACGAUCAACUUAAAUUGCAACUUGACAAGUCAAAAGAAAGGGAAUUGCGCCUUGAGGCGGAGAUUCGACAGAAAAGACUUUUGUUACAGAAGGAACGAGUCGAUGACGCCCUGGAUUUUAAAAGAAUGGCUGAGCUGCAAGAGGAAAAUCUGUCAGUGCAGUCGGAGGUAAGAAAGCUCGGUAAUUUGAAUGCAAAGCUGAAAACAGAUCUCAAGGAGAUGAAAUCUAACUUUGAAACAGACUUGGAAAGGAACGAAACAGAGCUUGAUAAAGCAAACUCGUUGAUCAAGGAGCUCAAAUCUGAAUUGAGGCAAAAAGAGGAAAUAUUCGAGCACGAACUGGAAAGUUUAGAGAAACGCUCCAGAAAGCAAAUGGCAGUGAUAAAAAAUUUAAAAGCUGAAGUGAAAAAUGCCGAAGAGCAAGUCAAGAUAGAUAGAAAGGGUUUCGAAGACGUGAUAAGUAAAAAUGAGUUUGACAAGUAUGAGCAAGUUAAAGCAUUGGAGAAAAGACUGAGUACAUGUGAACUAAAGCACUCUCAAGAAUUACAGGAAAUGAGAGAUGAAAUUUCAAGAAGAGAACAGAUUCACCUUGAGAUGUCAAAUGAAUUGACUGUAACAGGCAAUGAACUGAAGAGUGUGAAAGAUGAAUUGAAAGCAAAAGAACAAGAACAUACAACAGUGAUCAGUGAAUAUCAAGAAAAGCUUCAAAACAGUAAGCUGGAAUUUGAUAAAACUCUUGAAGAACUUAACUGUAAAAUUGAAGAACUGAGGAUUUUAAAUAUCAAAGAAGUUGAAAAUCUAACAGGUAAGACGGUUAGAUUGUUACAGUUGUAAUCAUUAUUUAUUUUAAUCUCACCUGGAGUGAGUUUGGCACCCUUCAAAUAAUUUUAUAAACAUUACUCUACUCCUCAAAUUUCAAAAUAUACAAUCUGUGUAUACAGUGUAUUAGACCCACCAACAAAUGGCAAUGAAGAACAAAAGAAAAGUUAUGUGUGUUACAUCUUAGUCUUGGUCCUGUGGGUUGGAGGGGGGGGGGGGCUUAGUGGGACUACAGGCUUCUAUAUGCAAGAAUGAAGAUCAAGAAUUCUCUCUUUACUUGUUUAUGAACAAAGUGAGAAAAAUUUUAAAAACCACUUUAUUGUACAUGUAAAUAUAAGUUUUCUAAUUGUUGUGUUCUACAAUGUAAUGUUUUUAGAAUAUUAAAAAAAAUGUUAUCUUUCUAACCCUGUAAGAGAAAUUUUAAUAAUGUAUAUGUCACAGGUCAAAUUUAAAUUCAGGUUAUAAUUUUUUAACCUAGGUUGAUUCUCAAUUUUCUUUGUCUCCUAGCCAUAAUUAUGUAUGAAUCCCCUUGCUAGAAGACAAAGGAAAUGGAAAAUCAACCUGGGUUAAAAAAUUUUAACUUGGGCCCAGUUGUUUGAAGGCUGAUUGGUGCUUACCGGUAACUCAGGGUCAAAUUAAACCUGGGUUUCUUUUUCUUGUGUUCAAAAACAUUUUCUCGGAUAAUUUUCUGUGCCAUUUUUAGAGCUUCCAAUCAUCAACUUGUAGACAAAAAGAAUUAAAACUGAAAUGCUUUUCAAGCUUUCAAAUCUGAAUUCAAGUCUCGCACUAACCCUGGGUUAUCUUAACCCAGCUUUGAACAACUCGGCCCUCCUAAAAUAAAAUUUUAAAUCAAGAAAUAGCUGCUUAAGUCUUCAAAACAUGGACUGAGGAAGGAAACUGAAUAUUGUCUUGGUUGAAUGUAUUUCUUAAUAUAUCUUUAAAGCAAAGCUUGUAAAGAAAGAUGAAGAAUUGAAAUCUCAGACAUCCACAGUAGAUCAGCUGAGGGCAUACAUAGGAGAGAACCUUCCAAAUGUACAGAUUGAAAAUCUACAAAAAGAGAUUGAAGAAGCAAGAGAACACAUGGCAAACCUACUCCAGGAAAAUGAACGUUUAAGGUCCACUGUUGAACUUGUUAAUGUGAGGCUCUCAUCAAUGAAUGAAAUCCUGUUGAUUCAAGAGUCUGAACUGUUAAAAUUUCAAAGUAAAUUUGUGAGAGAUCCUGGAGAUCAAGAAGAUAGCUUGCUCACAAAAUGGAGAGAGAAGGUGUUUGCAUUAUUGGUUCAGUUGAAAUCUCAGCAGAUUUUGCAUGAGAAAGAAGAAAGAAGUGGACAUGCACAGGUAAGAAUCUCUGGGUUUUUAAAUAGAAUUUUGUUCUGUAGGUUUUGUAGAAUCCAUGGGUUGUAGACAGUAGGAUCAUGGAAUGUGAAGGAUGUUUGUGUUCUAUAGAAUUAUCUAAGCAACAUUAUGUGGUAUUGAUAGCUGGACAUUGGCCAAGUUGUCAAGUUCCUUUUUUUGCAUUUUGGUUGAAGGAGAUGAAGUCAAAGUCACUAGAAAUGUGCGCAAAAGUAAAACAAGGCCCAUUUCCAGCUAUCUUGGUCAAUAAAUGAUUUGUUAUAAUAUUAUUGAGCAAGGGAAAAAAGGUUUUCUUCUAAUAAGAAAGUGAAUACCCUAGAGGUGCCGUACUCUAGAACUUUUUUUCUGAUCAUUUUAUUAACUCUUGUAAUUUUAAACAGUUUUCCUCUACAGUGAAAAGGGAUCCGAUAUUUAAGGAACUUAAUUUCAACAGUCUAUCGGUCCAGUUGGUACCCAAGUAUUACAAUUUGUAAUUUUAAACUUUUUAAUCAGUGAAUUUUCACGUAAUUACAAAAUCUUAAAUUUUAAUCUUUAUUUUUAACAUUUAAUGUACAUUUUUUAGCUUUUUAAUUUUUAUAUAAACAGUAGUUAGAUAAGAAUUUUUUAGUAUACACGGCCCCUCAAGCUCGCUAUGACCGCUGAUUUAAAGAAGUGAAGAUGCAUUUUUUACAGCCUUAGCCUCCAUCUGAAGUAAUAUAUUCACAAAUUCCAACGGUAAAAAGACCUAUUUCUUACUCUGUCUAUUGUGUAUAUUCAAAUUUCAAACACUUACUUACCAGAAUUUCUGAAUAUUUUACUUAACGUCGAGGCUAACCCUGUUGGAAGGUGUCGUUAAUGUUUGUAUUCAGCGCUAAUUUUAAAUUUGAAACUGGACUAUUUACUGCUUUUAUUCUGAUUGUGUUUAAAUAAAGGAUAUUCAUUCAUUCAUUCAGGCACCCUCUCAGAUAGCUAAUCAGAACACAGGAUUUGCUUCCUCUUGAUAACAAAAGUGGAUACAGGGACCUGUAGGUCAGCAAGGACCUUAAAGCCAGUUUAUUGCAAAAUGACCAUAAGAUUAUUACAGACCACACCUAACAAAACCCCCUAUGAUGAAAAACAAUCUUCUAAAGUAAAAGAAACUAAGUAUGACACCGCUGGAUAUGAAAACCCACAACCACUUAAGGAAAGAAGGGAACUUAUACCCCAGCCUGCUAAAAGCAGCUGCGGUGCCGGCAACUGGGGGGAAAAGGUACACAGAAACUUAUGACUGCUAAAUGCCAACAAACAAGUACAACAAAAUUGACAAUAAAAGUUAGGAGCUUGAAUGAAUGUUGACCUAGACUGAUUCACAUUGGCAACAAACGACCAAAUGUAUCCUAGCUGACCCAGUCCUCUGGUCCAUGCCGGCAAAAUAGCUAUUUCUGUCCCUUCCAUUAUUUUGCAUGGUCAGAAAUACCAUCUUUUGUUGUAAUGCUCUUCUGAUUGCUAUUUACAGAUAAAGCAUUUGAUGAGAGAGCUCGAGGAAUGCCAGAAAGAGGCAGCCAUGUUAACUCAUGCUUUGACUGACAAGAAAGCUGAACAUCAGAUUGAAGUAAACAGAAACCGUGCUUUGGAAGGACAACUUGAGAAAAGUCAACAAAAUGAGAAAAAGUUGGAAUCGUUGGUUGUAGACUUUCAAUCAUCAAUUGCUGGACUAAAUGAAGUUGCUCAAAGAAUGGAAUCCUUUGUGGGGCAUGUUGGCACGCAGAUGGGGAAUGCUUUCAGAAAACUUGCAGUGCUGUCUCAGCGCAUUAAUUUUGCAUCUGGGCGAGUACAGUUUCUUCAAGGUUUGUUUACAGUGGAAAAAUUGAAAUCAAUUUUUUACUCCUAUACUUCAGACUGGACUCUGAACCUUUUUUUGUCACAUCAGAAGUACAAUUAUGAUUAUGAACUUAUUUUCUUACAUACACUGUUAAUUAACCUUGUUUGUUAGGUUUACUAACACACCGAGAGGCACAACUGAGAAAUGAACUAUCUGAGGCAUUACUGAUUAGUAAAGAUGAUAACAGUCCACAGUCUGUGCUUGCUGGUAAGUAAAAUAACAUAGAAACUGUUGCAGAUCACUGAUUCAGUUUUAAGAAAUGUUAAUGGUGAUCUGGGUUAUGUACCAUUUAUUUUAAUACUCAGGGAAACUGGAAUUUCCAGUAAGAUAAUAAAAAGUUUGCUUUGACCAUUCUGUGUGGAGGGCUUCAGAAAAUAUGAGCUGUCAUGUGAGGCAAUGCAAUAUUUCAAUAUUCUCUUAAGUCUGUGUGGUUGAUUUGGGUAAUACUUUCUUGUGGGUCACUCCCCUGCAGUAAGGGCAAUUUUGUUGCAUUUAAGAAUUUUCAAUGGGUGUCCUGUACUAAGUGAUUUUCUGUUGUUUGCCCACUUCUUCAGCACUGUCGGAAAUUUUACACAAACAUGACAGCUGAAAGAAGGUUGUGUCAUUGGUACAGCAAAACCUCGAUUUAACAAACCUUAAUGAAGUCCUUGGUAUGACAAACAAUAUUCCUAGCUGCUGUAAUGGUAAAAUAAUGUGAGAAAAGAACCUUGAUAUAAUGAGCCUGCUUAAUUAUAGUGAACAUAUUAAUUUUGUCAGUGAGUCCCUUGGCCCUUUGUAAUAUCGAGGUUCCACUGUAAAAUUAAUAAAAUGGUCUUACAUUUUAUAAUUUACCUACUCGCUUUAAUGGCAAAACUGAACAACACAUGAUCUGGUUGCCAACCAAAAUAAACUCUAACCACCAACACUCUCAAUAAACUUUGAUUACUACUAGCUGUUGAUUAUAGUAUUUAUGUAUGCACUCAAUCCAACUAUACAUUUUACUUUUCCUUAAUUUUCCACAGAAAAUGGUGUGAUUGAACCAGAACCAGAACUGUCAGAUUAUCAACAGCUUGCUUCAGAGGUCAAACAACUUACAGCAGAAAGAGAUUACCUGUUAGCACAAGCAAGGAAAGAAUCUGAGAGUUUAGAAAGAAAAGAGACGGUAAUUAAAGCACAGUUUGAGGAGCAACUUCAAGAACUCGCUAAUAAAAUAUCACAGGUAAUACUUGUUUCAAGUCAGAGACAUAAUAUUAAACCCUAUUAUUAUAUAGACACAAGUGUUUUACUGGAAAAUAUACCACUCGUUAAAUUCAUAAAAACUACAUCCAGGACCCGAGUGGUUUAUUUUCCAUAAUCUCGCACGUGAGUUUAUCGAUGAUGUAAUUUCGGUCAUUUCCCUCUAUUAUUUUAUCAAUGCAUUUUUGUGUAUAUAAUAAAAAGGAGAUUACAUGGCGGCUUGAAGAUAUGAAUUUUAUUUUCUCGUGCCAAAAACAAUAUUUUACUCGCUCGCUGCGCUCGUUCGUAAAAUAUUGUUUUGCCACUCAAAAAUAAAAUUCAUAUCUUCGAAACCACCGUGUAAUAUCCUCUAUUAACAUUACAUUAUGCAACUCAUGUAUAUCUGUUGUGCAUUAAAUUCCUUUGUCUUGGGGUGUGGUAAUUAAAUGAAUUACAAUAAUCAGUUUUUCACCAAAGGAAAAUAAAGUUGAACAAAGGAUAAAAUUGAAUCAAACAUAAUUAUCCACCAAGCAAUAUUUUUGUUAUUUAUUAAGGCUUGUAAUCUUAUGAUAAAACAUCUCAUGUUUUUCUUGGACAAAGAGACAAAGUAUUGGUGUUGCGCUUCAUAACAGGAUUGAUUGAUCUUAUUCCAAUAUUAAUUCCCAGACAAAAGAUUAUUGAACUUCUUGAUUAAAUUAAGUGUUUGAUUUGCCGAUCUGAGCUGCAGUGAUUUUGCUAAGUCGGUUCCUCUGUUACUGGUUUUGUCCUGGGAGUGGUCAGUUUUGGGAAAUUUUGUUGGUUCAACACAGAAAAGAAAACUGUUUUUCUUAGUCUGCAGUCUGCUUUUUGUACUUACCGAUUAUGAUAGAUGUAUUGAUUUUUCAUAUAAUACUAUGUUGACAACUUUCUUGCAGUUGGAUUUAUUGUUGAAAGAUGAGAGAGAAAGAAGUGCAAUCCUCAAUGAAAAGCUACAAACUGCUGAAGCUGAGUUGUCAGAGAGACUGGAGUCUAUAGAGGCGCUUAAAUUAGAAAUGGCAAAACACAGAGAUGUGGCUGAUAAGAGUAAGUCGUUACAUGUUUCCAUUACAUUUUCAACAUAGAAAAUCUUUGGAAAAUUAUUCCUUUUUAAUUCUGAGUGCUCACUAAAGCAUGGUUUCAGUAUGAUCACUUCCAUCACUACUAACAAUUGCUGAAAAAAAGUCUAGUGAUGUAGAAAUCAGCGCACCCUAAAAUAGAACUGAAUUGAAGUAUAGCUGAAGUAUAGGAUUGUUACAGUGCAGCUACUACAGGACUUAAGGUUGGAUAUCAGUGACAAACACGGCAAUGUAAGCCAAGACAUCCUUGUUUGUAAAUGACAAAGUCACAGCAUCAUUAUUCAGCAAUUAGUUUAGUUGUUGUCCUUAUUUAAUGCUCACGGGGAGUUAUGGGAAGUCUGCUCAAAUUCUGCCUCCACGCUGUCAAUACUCUAUACAUAGUCUAACAUUGUCUAAUUCACCAUUUGCACACCUCCAUAAUACCCCUUGUUUGCCCCCAAAAUCUUGCAUAACCUUUGUUUCUUAUUUCUCCUGGGUAUUACAGCCAUCCCAAGAGAAACUGAAGACAAUGCUUAUGCAAAAUUUUGGGGGCAAACAAGGUGCAUUUUAGGACAUGUGUAAGUGGUGAAAUGAUAAAUUUUGCUCCCUUCAAAAAUUUUGCUAUCAAAAUAUUAUUUAAACAUUUGCACUUUGUGUUGUUCAUUGGCGCACAAACUACUCAGUACUUUCUCAGAAUGUAUUGUUAAUUUCUUGAAAUCCAAAUCCUAUCAAUACAUGUAGUUGUCUGUUGGACAUGUUUGGUCAUGUAAAGAAGGAGACAACAAAUGAAAUAAUUAGUGGGGGUAUUUUUGAUGGAGGUUUGGAGAAUGGAUCUUAUUCAUCAUACAUUUUUGCAAACAUUUGCUUGGAAGUUCUUCAAGAAUUAUUGUUCUUUAAAAUACACCUGGAAAUGAGUCUGAUAACUUGCCCUUGCCUUUUUUUUUUCAGCCCCCUUUUUGGUUUAUGGAAAUCACUUCACUAUGCAUCUUGUGUUUAACAAAAUGAAAACUGUCCUUUCAUUGCUUAUUAGAUUUGGAUAAAGCCUUGCAAGCUGAACAGGCAAGGUUUACAGAAGAAUUUGCCAAACUAGAAAAGCAGUUCAAUGAUGUUCGCCGUGAACACACCAAAACAGUUGUUACCCUUAGACAAGCAGAGAGGCAGGUUGAACGAGAAAAGGAAAAACAUUCUGAACAACUGUCUCUACAGAGAAAGGAAUAUGAAAUGAAAUUAAAGAAAAGUCAGUUACAAGUGUGUCACUUGGAAAAAGAGAGAAACAUGCUUAUGGCCACAGUAAGACAGGAGGGCUUCAAAGUUCCAAGGCUUCGACCCAAGGAAUAUUCAGGUGUGUCUCCUAAGUCCCUCACACAUGAUUAUUAAAAAUACAUAAUUAUGUAAAAACAUAACAGUUACAUUUCAGUCAGUCAGAUGUAUGAUUGCUUUUAAUGCCUUGAAUGACAAAAAUAAUAUUAAAAUUAAUAACUUGAGAAAAAUUGUCAUUUUGGAAGUCUACCAGUAAUCAUAAUUUGGGACUUUUUUGAAACACAUCAAGUAGAAACAAAAAGAAUUAUUGGCAGCAGUCAGGACAGGACUUGUACAUGGUGCCAACAGAUUGCAAGGCUAGCCUAUCUUAUACUGUGCUUUACUUGCAACGUGAAUCAAAUUAACUCAUAUUUUGUUGUAGAAGCAGAAAAGGAUGACGAGAAAGAAAACAGACAAACUGAUGUUCAUGGCAAAAGGCCCAUAAAGACCGGCAGAAGAAAAGGUAAACAACUUAUUUCAGGAAAAUCUGAUACAAGAACUACAACUUCUUCAGAUCAAAAUCAAGCAAGACAGUCAUCUCAAGGUAGUGUGAGUGAAGAAAUGAACUUCAUGGAAAUGACAUCUAUGCUGAAAGAUUUACAUUCACUAUCUACAGCUCUUUUGACUGUGGACAAAGAAAAUGGUGAUGAUUCUCAACAGUCAUUAUAAACUAUUGUCAUGGUGAAAACAUCAAGUGGGAAAGAACAGAGAGGAUGACAGGGAUAUUAUCUUUUAACCAGAUAAUUAACCAGUGGCAGGUCUAGUUAAGGGGGUCUCUCCGCGCCUUUAAGCAAGACCAAAACUGAGGCCUGCAAGGUCAUGGCACCAUGAUACCUUGUUUUCCUUCUCCCUCCUUUAGCGUGUUUCAAUCUGCUACUGACAAUACUGUAUUUCGCUGAACAGGUUCUCUCCUCCCAUCGAAAAGAACAGAUUAAUAAGAAAAAAAAGAGGAUAUGGGCAGUGGUCGAUAAAAGGCCAAUUUACCAAACCAAAUGAUAAUAGUGCUUGCA